AGUGGCCGAAGGGACCCCGGAAACGCGCCGCUCUAGCUGCAGAUCCAGGAAGCGGAACGAAUGAAGUUCAUUCUCACAGCUGGUGAUGGCGGAUGCUGUCGAAAUAGAGACCAUGAAGAAUUAUAACAUAGCGUUUGAGAGGAUAGACCCGAGCAUAAGCCGCUAUCCCUACUGUAUUGUAUGGACCCCAAUCCCCGUGUUAUCAUGGCUGUUUCCAUUCAUUGGCCACAUGGGCAUCUGCACCUCCUCUGGAGUGAUCCGUGAUUUUGCAGGUCCAUACUUUGUCUCAUUCUCACUCACUGCAUAUGUGCUUGCUGCGGUAUUAAUCUGCUUUAUUCCCAGGUACUGGAUGUUAGAUGUAAGUAAAGUGUAUGCCAGUGGAUCUAACACGUGGGACACAGCAGUUCACAACGCAUCAGAAGAGUACAAACAGAGAAUGCACAACCUUUGCUGUGACAACUGUCACUCGCAUGUUGCCAUGGCACUGAACCUGAUGCGCUAUGACAACAGCACCUCGUGGAAUAUGGUGAAGCUCUGCCUGCUCUCACUCAUUCAUGGCAAACACGUCAGUUGCGUAGGCUUCCUGAAGACCUGGCUUCCUUUCUGCAUCUUGACCAGUGUGAUCCUGGCUGUGACUCUGUCUCUAAACCUGCGAUGACCCAGCGGGGUCACACAGAGGUGAACGGGCACAGUGCCCAUAGGAGACCCACCGCUGCGGGACUCCAGUGAAGGUCAACUUGACUUCCAGCUCUUCAGAGCGUAGAGGAUCUCAACAUCAAAAACCAAACGCUAGCACUCUUUGUCGUAGGGUAGAGACCGCAAAUACACCAUGGCUUCAGCGUCUUGUGGUGAUGUACGAAACGCUAUGUUCUCAAACCUUGUUAUCCAAAGGCAUGACUUUGGUGUCUCUCUUGAGGGUUAUGGUGCUCUUUUAUCGUUUGGUUACAUUUUGAUCUCCAAACUAUAACUGCUGCUUAGGAA